AUGUCCAUGAGUGAUCAGGACGACCGGCCGGGUCAGAAACGGCCUCGCAGUCGGUCCUUGGACGAAGCGACACCAGCGCAUCGAUUGGCGUCCUUUGAUGCGCCGCGCUCAGCUGUUCAGCAAGAUUCCACAAGUAUGCGAGCAGUUAGUGGCCCCCUCAGAUCUGCUUCACCUUCACAGAGCGGCAUUGGCUGGCCGGCCGUGAGCGGGCCACCCUCGAGAGACUCAAUGCAAUCAUAUCCAACAUCCUUUCCUGCGCGUACCGGGAGUGGCAGUCCCUCGACCAAUGGUGGGAUUGGUCCCCUCUACCAACCGAGCUUGCAAUCCUUCAAUUCGCUCGACUCCAAGUCAAGCGGCGGGUCAGUGAACGGAACGUCCACAUCGCAGGCUGGUGUAUCUUCAACGAACAUCUCGAGGCCAGGUCCUCAAGCGCGUCAGCGGACAGCAGUCGCAUGCCGCUAUUGUCGAAAGCGUAAGAUCAGAUGUACGGGAAUCUCACAGGUUGCCAAUGACCCUCGAUGCUCCAAUUGCAGACGACUCGACCAAGAAUGCAUUUACGCUCCAGCCAGUGCUCCUGUCCAUGGCACUUACAUGCGACCUUCCUCUGGUUCAAUUUCCAAUGACCCGUAUGAUGUGCCUCGCAGCUUCAGCGGUGAAUCGAGGCCUCCAAGCUCACCAACACACCCCUGGCCUGCUGCUGCACAGUCGUAUGGGCAUAGCCACGGUUAUGGAUACCCUGAGGCGACACAACCGCCUCCACCAGAGGCUACCGCGCAACGUGGCCAUUCUCACUUUUACAACAGACCGGGAUAUGGUGCAGGUGAACACCCAUAUCACGUUUCAUUCUCUCCAGUACAGUCAAGAAAUCAUACGCCGCCAUUUCCGGGGCCAUACCCGACAGCUAGCAGCGUUCCUGGGGAACUGAGACAGUCUCCCUAUGGCUACAACGAGCAAUCCCGAGCAACCCUACUCGAGGUGGCCCGACGAGAUUCCAUCCCUUCUCUAAUACGAUAUUCGCCACCGAGCGUCUCCGUCACAUCCAUGCUGACACGUCCACCACCACAGCCUGUUGCACGUUUGACGCCAUCUUUCGAACAAUUGGCAUCUCCUGCGAGUCUGCGACGCGAUUCACUCAAGCAUAGCCCACCGGUCGCAACGCCUAGCGCGAUACCAAGUUUGGCAAGCAUUACAGCGUCUCUACCGUCUCCAUCGAAUGCACAAAGUCGUUCUCAUCACGAUCAUUCUAUGCUUGCGUUAUUGAAUCCCGUGGUGGGAGCUGGUACGUCUCGUGGCGGUGUGGCUGGAGGUGUGACGAGUUUGCUGAAUGGCGACUCUGAACGUCGCAGCAGUGUAGCUCUGGGUGGACAUGGCAUCACGCUCCCCUCGGCAUCUAGCUUGUUGGGUGGUCUGAGUUUCAAUGGAAGUCGACUCAGUCCUCCAUCUGGUAAUGGUCUCGCAUCGCCGGUCCCCCUGCUCGUGCCAAAGUGA